AUGUUCUCGGCCUGGAAGAGACCAAUGUUCCCAUCUAUUCAUGAGGACACGGUGCCCACCACUGCGUCCUUCGGCGCCAAAAUGUUCAACCUCACCUCCCAGGUCCUUGAACCUGCUCUCAACGGGACCCUGCCCGAGAGCAGCAGCUGCUUCCAGUCCGACUGGUGGAACUGGCUCAACACCAUCCAGCCCCCCUUCCUCUGGAUCCUCUUCCUACUGGCCACUCUGGAGAACACCUUUGUCCUCAGCGUCUUCUGCCUGCACAAGAGCAGCUGCAUGGUGGCGGAGAUCUACCUGGGCAACCUGGCCGUGGCAGACCUGAUCCUGGCCUUCGGGCUGCCCUUCUGGGCCAUCACCAUCGCCAACAACUUCGACUGGCUCUUCGGGGAAGCCCUCUGCCGCGUGGUGAACACCAUGCUCUACAUGAACCUCUACAGCAGCAUCUGCUUCCUCAUGCUGGUGAGCAUCGACCGCUACCUGGCCCUGGUGAAGACCAUGUCCAUGGGGCGGAUGCGCGGGGUGCGCUGGGCCAAGCUCUACAGCCUGGUGAUCUGGGGCUGUGCGCUGCUUCUGAGCUCGCCCAUGCUGGCCUUCCGCACCAUGCGGGAGUACGACGCCGAGGGCCACAACGUCACCGCCUGCGUCAUCAUGUACCCGUCCCGCACCUGGGAGGUCUUCACCAACAUCCUCCUGAACUCGGUGGGCUUCCUGCUGCCCUUGAGCGUCAUCACCUUCUGCACCGUGCAGAUCAUGCAGGUGCUGCGUAACAACGAGAUGCAGAAGUUCAAGGAGAUCCAGACGGAGAGGAAGGCCACGCUGCUGGUUCUGGCCGUCCUGCUGCUGUUCGUGGUCUGCUGGCUGCCCUUCCAGAUCAGCACCUUCCUGGACACGCUGCUGCGCCUCCAGGUCCUCUCGGGCUGCUGGAACGAGUAUGUGAUCGACGUCUUCACGCAGAUCUCGUCCUUCGUGGCUUACAGCAACAGCUGCCUCAACCCACUGGUGUACGUGAUCGUGGGCAAGCGCUUCCGCAAGAAGUCACGGGAGGUGUACACGUGGCUGUGCCGGCCAGGCGGCUGCGGGUCCCCGGAGCCCAGCCAGACGGAGAACUCCAUGGGCACGCUGCGGACCUCCAUCUCCGUGGAACGCCACAUUCACAAACUGUCGUAG